GUGACUGACCCAGAGUGUGGCUCGGUGCAGCUGCUGGCCGUCAGGGAGCUCACCACACCGCAGACCAUCAUGCAGAGUGACAUGACGAUGCCCUUGCUGGCCGAAUGUGCCUCUGACCUCUCCAAGUCGCUGCCCCGGAGCCAGAGAGACCCUGUGAUUGGCAUCAUCGGCUCAGGAGACUUCUCCCGCUCCCUUGCAAUCCGGCUGGUGGGUUGUGGUUUCAGGGUGGUGGUGGGCAGCCGCCAGCCAAGCCGCGUUGCCAAGGGUGUGUUUCCUGACAGGGUGGAGGUACGAUCCCAGAGGGAAGCGAUACAUGCUGCAGAGAGGGUGGUGUUCGCUGCAAUCCACCCAGAGCACUACCACUCCCUGGUAGGGCUGAGGGAGAUGCUGGCCGGGAAGGUGUUGGUAGACGUGAGCAAUGCCACCACAUUGACCAGUCACAAGCAGUCCAAUGCAGAGACGUUAGCAGAGUUGUUCCCAAAGAGCAGUGUGGUGAAGGGCUUCAACGUGGUCUCGGCCUGGGCCCUGCAGACUGGAGCCCAUGAUGGAAGCAGACAGGUUCUGAUCUGCAGCAACUGCUCUGACUCGAAAGCUAUGGUGCUCGAGCUAGCGCGUCGCAUGGGCUUCAGCCCUGUGGAUCUAGGGAGUCUGUGUGCAUCCAGAGGCAUUGAAGAAGCCCCACUCAUCCUGUUCCCCUCCUGGGGAGGUCCCAUCUUAACGACCUUGAUCCUCUUCAUCUUUUUCUAUGGAUACAUCUUUCUGAGGCACAUACUGCUCCCCUAUCUGGAUCACAGAGAGAACAACUUCUACCAGCUGCCCCUGGUGACCGUGAACCAGACGCUGCCUGCGGUUGCCCUGGUUACACUGGCUCUAGUCUAUCUACCAGGUCUGGUGGCGGCGGUGUUUCAGCUGGGCAGGGGAACCAAGUAUAAGAGAUUUCCUUGUUGGCUAGACUGUUGGCUAUGCAGGCGAAAGCAGCUGGGCCUGCUGAGCUUCCUCUGCACUGCACUCCAUGCCGUAUACAGCAUGUGUCUGACACUGCGUAAAGCUGCAGGGUACACUCUCCUCAACGCAGCCUACCACCAGGUCAAAGCUGGGAUUGAAAACUCCUGGGUGGAGCAACUGGUGUGGAGGGCUGACCUUUACCUGUCCUGUGGAAUUCUGGGAUUUGGAGUCCUUACUCUCCUGGCUAUUACCUCUCUGCCUUCUGUGGGCAAUGCUCUCAACUGGAGGGAGUUUACAUUUGUACAGUCAGGACUCGGCUAUGCUGCCUUAGCUCUCUCCACCAUGCACACUCUCUUCUUUGGCUGGGACUUUGCCUUCUCCCCUGGGGCCUAUCCAUAUUACCUGCCACCGGCCUAUCUACUGGCCCUCAUCCCACCCUGCAUAGUCCUUGUUGGGCGCCUCUUCUUGGCUGUGCCAUGCCUGACAUUAAGACUGGCGAAGAUCCGCAAGGGCUGGGAAAGCACACAAUACUGGCCAGUCAAUAACCAGGAGCCAGGAGGGUCACGUGAGGCACAUCCUCAACAAAACUUUGAUGAUGUCUAGUGUGAAAUCUAAACUCUGCCAGUCUGUCACUUCUCCUGCACUUUUUACAGCCACAGGGGGACAUUCCUUAAUGACUACCGCUUUUCUCUUUAACAAUAGUAAGGGAAACACAGAGACAAGGAAAAAAAGAGUGUAGAUCAGAGACAUGACCUUUCCAUGAUCCUGGAGAUCCAUCAUCUGUACACCAAAUAAU